UUCCUCUUUGGAAUGUGAUCUCUUUGCAAUGGCAAAGAAAUUUGAAUUCGAAGCACCGCAGUAUGUUGAAUCUUGGAGAGACGGUGAUGAAAUAGAUGUGGAAACAUUUUUUAAAGAGAAUGAUUGUCAACACAGUUCCGGUGGAGGGAAUCAAGACGUUCCCAGAACUCCUAGGGCUAUUCACAGACCUCAUAGUUUUUCUGUGAUUUCAAGAUCUGGGAAGAGAUGUCGAAAUAGCUCACUUAGAGACAGCUUAUACCUCAAAGAAAAAGAAUUUUUCAACAAAAAAAUUUUAAAUUUUGGAAAGGAAAACGAUGCUAAAUUUACCUUUAAGGCUAGAUCUGCCGCCGUGUUAAAAAAGGAACCAUUUUGGCCUUACAGAGAAAGUAACAAUUUUACUGAGGGAAGAUCACCUGCUUUGGCAACCGAAAAACGAUCCUUGCAUAGACAAAUACUGAUAGAGAGAAAAAAAGAAAGAGAAAAAAUGUAUGAGAUGCAGAAUCUUCAGGCAAUUAAGGAGGAUGAAGAAGAACUUAAAAAAUAUCGAAAAACUUUAGAAUUUAAAGCGAAUCCAAUCAAGAACCACAACUGGUGUAGGAUCUUGAGCUGGUGGAUCGGACGGCGGUGGUGGAGGAGGAGCAUCGUCACUACCUCCUGCUGUAUCGCCACUUCUUCUCUCUUCACUCAGGAUCAUGUCCAGAUAAGUCUGGGUGUCGGCCUCAGAUAAUUCCUUCAGUGGGGUAUCUUUUCCUACUACCGCUAUUGCUACAUUCUACAACAGAAAAGAUUUGUUGCUAUGAAUAAGAAGAAAAUAAACUAAAACAACCUGUAUAAUUGUAAGCCAUAAAGGAUCUGGAAUUGGAUACUUAACAAUAAUAAUAAUAAAUUAUUUACUUAUUCUGAGACCAGUCCUUUAAACAAUAUUAAAAGAAAAUUAUUGUGGUUUUAAGAACCAUACAUUAACAGAUAAAAAAAGAAAUUUACAAAUAAAAAAAUGAAAUAAUAAUUUAAUUAUAUUACAAUUACAAAUAAACAGGUAAGAAUGAUAGUGGAUUAAAUCAGUCAAGCUUUUUGUCCAGAAAGUUAAUAAUAAAAAAAAAAAUACUCUGUAUAUUUCACAUAGUUAUCAAUCAAAAUACCUUAUCUAUUUGGUGUAUGAAAAUUCUUAAAUUGGCUUAGAAAAAUCUUAAUUUGAAAUGGAUAAUCCCAAUUUGUUUAGGAAAAUUCCAAAUUAGAUUUGUAAAUGAUAUAAAUAAGAAUUGAAAAACAAUUAUAUACCUUAGAGCUAAGUUCUGUAUCAUUAGGAGAAGAAUCCCUAAGAGCCCGAAGUGCAUGCUUAAGAAGGUCUGUGAGGGUGCCAGAGUUUCCAAUGUCUGCUAGAUGCUUUUCCAAAUACGUCCUUGCACUCUGGGAUCUAGCACCAAUAGCCAUUGAACGACACUCAUACAAAUUUGCAGAAGGACAAAUUUGAAAAAUGUGAGGACCGUCGGCC